AGUGCACACCCGGGAUGGGGACAAGGCGCCGCCUCAGACCCGUGGCCUCGGGAGCUAAUCAGCUGGGAGAGGGCGGGCUCCGCCCACGUGGUCAGCGCGGGGCGGUGGCAUUGGCUCGGUCACUGCUGCAGGGUCACGUGGGCGCAGGUGAGUCGGGAACCGGGCUCUGCCGCCCCCAGAGUCACACCUGGAGGGCGGUGCCGUGUCACGUGACUUGCAGCGGAGGCGCCCGGCUGGCCGAGGUAACUUGGUUUAAAGCAGAUGAAAUGGUGAAACUAAUUCACACCUUUGCUGAUCACAGUGAUGAUGUCAACUACUGUGCCUUCUCUUCUUCCUGCUUGGCUACUUGCUCCCUGGACAAAACAAUCCGCCUCUAUUCUUUAAACAACUUUACUGAACUUCCCUACUCACCAUUAAAAGGUCACACUUACGCUGUCCACUGCUGCUGCUUUUCUCCUUCUGGACACAUUUUAGCUUCAUGUUCGACAGAUGGUACCACGAUGCUGUGGAAUACUCAUAAUGGUCAGAUGCUGGCAGUGCUGAAGCAGCCCCGAGGCAGCCCUGUAAGAGUUUGCCGAUUUUCCCCUGACUCCGCUUACCUAGUUUCCGGUGCAGCUGAUGGUAGUGUCGUUCUUUGGAAUGUGCAGUCAUUGAAAUUGUACAGAUCUGGGAGUGUUAAGGAUGGUUCCUUGGUGGCAUGUGCGUUUUCUCCUAAUGGAAAUCUCUUUGUCACUGGAUCAUCAUGUGGAGAUUUAACCAUUUGGGAUGAUAAAAUGAGGUGCUUGUAUAAUGAAAAAGGACAUGAUCUUGGUGUCACCUGCUGUGAUUUUUCUUCACAGGCAGUUUCUGACUGUUCCCGGUACCCCUCAUUUGCCCUUGUGCUGGAGUUGAUGAUGAAGAAAUGUUCUAGGAAUCUAAGUGGAGAACAAGGAUCUAGAUACUUCCGAAUGGCAUCUUGUGGUCAGGAUAACCAGAUCAAGCUUUGGCUUAUUUCACUUGCUGAUCUCUUAGGUUGUGAAUUAAAAUAUGAAUGCACAUUGAAUGGGCACUCUGCCCCAGUCCUGGCUUGUGCAUUUUCCUAUGAUGGGCAGAUGCUAGUCUCAGGAUCUGUGGACAAAUCCAUCAUAAUACAUGACACUAAAACUGGGAGCAUCCUGCACACUUUAACUCAGCAUACCAGAUAUGUUACAACUUGUGCCUUUGCACCAGAUAUUCCAUUACUUGCAACAGGUUCAAUGGAUAAAACUGUGAAUAUCUGGCAAUUUGAUCCAAAGCAACAUUUUGCAGGAAGUGGCCUGGAAGAUGAACCUAAGAUAUCUACUGAGAACUGGUCAGAGGAAGAGGUCUCAGUUUGGCUUUGUGCACAAGGUUUAAAAGACCUUGUUGGGAUUUUCAAGAUGAAUAACAUUGAUGGCAAAGAGCUGCUGAGUCUUACAAAACACAGUCUGUCUAACGACUUAAAAAUUGAAUCUCUAGGUUUACGCAGUAAAGUCUUCCGGAAGAUUGAGGAGCUGAGGAGCAACAUGGAUUCUGUUUCUCUUGGUAUUCCUGAUGAAUUCUUAUGUCCUAUAACUAGGGAGCUUAUGAAGGAGCCUGUCAUUGCAGCAGAUGGCUAUUCCUAUGAAAAAGAGGCAAUGGAAAACUGGAUCAGCAAAAAGAGACGGUCUAGUCCCAUGACAAAUCUCCCUCUCCAAUCUCUUAUACUUACACCAAAUAGGACUCUGAAAAUGGCCAUCAAUCGCUGGCUAGAGAGUCAGCAGAAAUAUAAUGAAACAACUUAGUCUUGAAUACACCAAUUGUUCUGUCAAAUUAAUUGCAGUGAAAUUGUAGGUAGUGGCAGGAAAUAACUAUCAGAAAUCUUAAAACACUGGAAAGGAAAAAGGUAAGCUUCUGUCCAUUAUGUCUUUAGUCUGUAACUCACAUAGAGUCCAUUAAAUGCAAAACUUUAAACCAAAAAAAUGAUUUUGGUGCCUAAUAAACUAUUAGAGUUUCUUUUUAAUAUUUGAGCUUUAAUUACAGUAUUUUUGUAUAAGAAAGUUCAAAUGCUAAUUGAAAAUAUGUAGGCUUGGCAGAAUUUGAUUUUUUUAUUCUUUUAUAAUUUCAUUGGAUAAUGCUUUUUUUUUUUCA